CUCAAUUUCAAUACAAUGUUAAUAUCAACAACAAUAUUAAACUGCCAAUCAGCCAUCAAGGUCUGUCAACAGCUUUGGAAAAUAGACAAAAGAAUCACAAAAUGAAUACCACUAUUCUUCCAGAAUUCCGACGUAUUUCAUGAUUUUUCAUCAUACGAUCUCCAUGGCAUGUUGUAUGCAAUUAGACACGCUUAUGCUCCAAAGAAAAUCAAUCAUAUAUUAGUAAUCAGUAGUUUUUAAUUUGAGGCUUUUUGUAUCACUAAAAUGAAAUGCACUCUGCCGCUUAGUUUCAGAGAAAACGUCUCAAAAGAAGAAUAUAAUUUAAUAAUUUAAUGCAAAAUGUAAACAGCGAUACAUACCCCAAAUAAAACAUACUGUGGAAAUCAUUUUUGUUCGGAAAUGAGACUGAGUGUUGUGAUGAAAGAGACACGAGCUAACACCACGGGAACUGAUCGCUGAACAACAUUUGCCAUGAGAAAUCAUAAACAUAUUCAUGCUUGUACAUUUCAGCUAAUUGCUAAUAUAUGAAUUACUCUAAGAACUAAGAAUACAGGUUGUAUUAUUAGUGCUUUGUGUUGAACAAGAAUUACAAACACAGAUAAAUACAUCUAUAUUUAGAAUUAUUUCCUAGAUGUAUCAUGAAAUAGUUUCAAAGUUCUGAUAAAUUUUACUUUAAUUAAAUUCAUGAUAUAUUUGUUCAUGUCAAUAGUGGUAUUUAAAACUGACAUUGAAAUGCAUUACGAUUACAUUGAAAUUGACAUACCUCUGUUUCAGUGAAAUUUACCUUUACUUGUCCCUUUAGCCACGCUUAAGAUGCAUUUGCCAUGUUGCUCUGAAAUUGACAUGCAUAUAUUUCAGACAUGUUUACGUUUUACCUGAGGAAGCUGCACGAUGCUCGCGCUCUGUUAGUUCAUACUGUAUUUACCCUGUUGAACCGAGCUAGUGACGUCACGCAACACUGUUCGUUUCUGAGGGUUAAUAAAGUAUGUUCAAUAUCAUCACCAUGGUAACCAACAUUUCCAGGGGCAUCGCAUGAUUGGGUUAGAUAUUGGAGCAAUCUUCUACAGGCUUGUCUGUACUUCAUACGCUUGCCUAGUCACACCGAGCGGUUCGAAAACACACACAUACACACACACGCGCGCGCACACGCUUCAGCACCUGCUCAAGAAAUGCCCAGGAAUACUAAAAUGAAUACCUUUUGUAUUUAGAUUUAAUGCAAUUAACAUCUUUAUUUGAUUUAUUAUCACUAAUAAUCAUGUGCUUUCGUUCAUCAAUCUUUUACAUCCAUUUAUGUUUCUCAUUUAUUACUCCGUCUAAUUUGAAAUAUUAUUUUCUAUUUCGGUGAACAGCGUUAUGCAUUUCAUACAUACAAUAGCUCGAGGGCAGUUUGUUAUUCACACAGGUGUAAUAUCUUUGAUGCAUAUAAUAUGAUAAUAAUAGUUGUUUCAAAACCCGUUAGAAAGUCAUUGUUUAGAGUGAAACUGUCAAUAUUUUAAUUUGUUAUUUUGACAUUACUAAUAUUCAGAACGGGCGAGUCUAUUCACGACCACGGCUCAUUCGUUUCACCAACGAUCCUAACGAAGUCAGUGCUGUUAUUUUAGAAAUUUUCGUUGCUAAUUUUUAGCUUCCAGAUUGUGUAUCAUAUCAUUUGAAUUUUGAUCAUAACGACAUGUAGUAAUAUAAGAAUAUAUAAUGUCAAAUUAUUACAAAACAAUGCACGAGUGUUUAAUAUGAAUAACUUUAUAGCUUCGCACUGUGUUGGUACAUCAUGUGAAAAAGAAGUUAUUGAAUUUGUAAAUAUGUUACAUAAAUUCCCAAGCGGAUAAACACGGCAUUAUACAAGCAAUUACUUGAACGACCGUGUCAUUUGCAUGCUCUUUUGAAAUGUACAUGAUGCUAAAUUUUGAUACAUUUCUGAAUCACUACAAGGACUAGCAACAACCAAUGAAAUAUAGCUGAUCAAUGUCAAGAAUUCUUUGAAUUCUCCACGACAAAAUUCUCCAGAUAGCCACCGCGUUAUCCAGAUAUAGUAGAACCAGUUAUUCGUACUUUUUCCACCAUUUGGAUAAUAUUAUUAACGACUAUCUUUAAUAUUAAAUGCAUCCCUUGUUAUGAAUAUUUCAAGCAAUACGAUAAUUAAUUUAUAUGCACGUUGUCCCGUUUGAUAAGCAUUCAAAAUAUCUCGUGUUUUAAUUUAUUAAUUUUUAUACAUAUCGUUUUUCUGACAUUUUAUCCGAAAAGAAUAACAAUCAGAAUUUAAACGACUAAUGCUUAUUCAUCUAAAAAUUACAUUCUACUGUUUUGUCAUUCAUAUUAAAUUUGUUCUAUAAGUAUUCAGGAAAAUAUGCAAAUAGAAACACGUUAUGUUUGAGGUUUAAUUCAAAAAGUAAUUCUGCGUCAAUUUUGCCCCAAAGUGUAUUUGAAAAAUUGUCUGAAAUAUUUCAAAUGAAUUUGGUAAAAUUUGGAUCAUCAAAAUAUGUAAACAAAUUAAGUUCUGUGAAAUGGACAUAAUCUGUUUCGUUAGAAACCGGAUAUCAAAUAAUAAUGGUUGUGAAUACAACCAAACAUUACACGAUGUAACACACUGAGACGAUGAAUAACAAACUGCAACAUCACUGGGUGUAUAGACACCACGAACAUACCUUAAAUUACCAUCAUUGUAAAUUCAUGUAGCCGAUGACAGAUGCACAUGACUCAAGCUUACGGUGUUGUAAAUUUCAUAUAUAGUACCUCGAUGCUUGUUACACGAAACGAAAUGCUGCAGUGAUACGGCAAUGUUGUAAAUUUCAUGUCAAUAGCGAGAGCUAUUAUGUCAAUAUAUCUGUCACUGUCCUCGCCUAUUGCCAAUCUUAUUUACAACGUUAGUCUUACAUUCUCUCCUGCCACGUGAGAAUUACGACCUUUCCCUGUUUUCCUUGUUUACAGAAUUGUCUUCAUAAUUUUUCACAGUCCUGCUCGUAUUUCCCUUGCAUAUUUCACCCCUUUUCAACUUCCAUUUCCUGGUUAACAAUUGCUCUAUAUCCUUUGUAAUCAUAGAGAUUAAUUAUCAGAAUGUAUGAGUGGAAUUACUAUAAAAUGAUGAAAUAUGUUGGGAUUACACAGGGUCUAACGCACGGAAAAUCCAUAUAUCAAACUUAACACAUUAAGCCACUUAUAUGAAAUUGUUGCAGAGUAAAAUUUGAAUAAUUAUAUAGAGUAAGAGGAUAAGAGGAUUUCGAUUGCAUUUACAAAUUGCAUAAAAUGAGCUCGUUGCAAUUUUACUCCAUUUCGUUAACCUUUGAAAACAUGGAAAUGCGUUAGCUUUAAAUUCGACAUUUUAAUGUUGUUAAUACGUAUGUAACGGGUUGCGACAUUUUGUAAACAAGCGAUGUUAAUUUUAGCCUUUCCUUUACGAUUUCAUAUGUACCCGUGAGUUUUGUAAACAAGGAUUCGAUUAGAACCAGAGCUAACACCGAUCUAGUUCUAGUCAGGUAGGCAGUCGCUUCAUGUAUCUGAAAAAUAUCGGAAACUCUUAAUAUUUCGCGAAACAUUUUCAGCUUCAUUGACACAUAGAUGUAUGAUCGUCUUAAGAAUGAACCAAAUGGAAACUGAUCGCGCUCGGUUUAAAAUUAGCGUCUUCAGUAAAACGUUAAAAAAUCUGAAAUCAACCUCACGUAUUUCCAUGGUAACGGAAUUAAUCAAGGGAAUUACGUGACAUAAUUUUCUAGGAAGCGAACACAGAUUGAAAGGGGUAUCUUCACGAAAGGUACUGCAGAGUAUCGUGCGCUGUACAAGCCGUGCUUUCCAUCACACGCAUCAUACCAACAGAUUUGUUUCAAGUCUAAUAGCCACGACUUGCAGCCAAGCUGAUCCACUAUCUCUCACGUAAGCAUCGACGUUAUUUGAUGAAAAACAUGCAAAAACAUAGACCAAAUUAAUAUCCGCAUUUUGUGGCGAGUUACAAAAUUGCAUCUAAACUGACUCGACCAAAUUGUUUGUUUUUUCGUCCAAACAUUCCUUCAUAUUCUUUUACAAGUUAAACAAGCCAUGUGGUUUUGAUAUGCCAUGGAUAUCCUCUGUAUACGGAGAGACACAGCAAGGGAAGUUACACGCAAGGUUGUGUACAGGCAGCAACAAAACAACAUAUCUCAACACGCUUCGCCGCUUCAAAUAUACGUUACUUGUAGUGUCUCUGGCCAACCAUCGGUCAAACCGACCAAGCAUUGGUCCAGCUCUGGCAACCCGUGUCCAAGCUAUGAACGAUAUGAGAACGAUCUCCCCCCAAAAGCUUAUUUUGGUUAGCCCAGCUGAGUGGAAGGUCGCCCGCCUCGGCAGCUCGGCCGUAAUGAAUAUAACGCUGAAUUGAGGGAGUGAUUCGGCUACCAGCCGUCGUCAGUUGUAACGUGCGCGGUGAUUGGCUGGAAGUCGACAGCGUGUAUCACUCUUCAUGCAAAUGAUUUAUUUUAGCCGACAGUCACCGCGAAGUCCCACAAAUCACACUAUUCGGAUAGGUCAUGUAGUAGGAAUUGUCUUUCUAUCAUAUAUCCACAAAAAUGAAUUCAUACUUCACAUCCCCGUUUCUUCCUCAAUAUUCUUCGGACAGCCAUUACGUUCCUAACAGUUAUGCUUCUAAUGGCUAUGGACUGUAUUCAUCAAGGCUGGGCGAUCAGCUAUCUUAUCACUCCGGAGGAUAUGGAAGUGCCGAUCACGGUUCCCUUCACUACUAUAACCAACAGAAAGCGUCCAAUCUCCAGUACCCAAGUGCUGCGGAAAACGGGUACGAACAAGCAGACGACAUAUCAACAACACCAAGCUCAUGUAGCAGACGACACGAACGUGCCCCGGAAUUUUCCAGUCGGGGAACAUAUCCUCAACAUCAACCCCACCAGAACGUCGACUGGGGGCAUCAUCAGAACGUAUCCACCCCAUCUCCGAACCGAAACCAACAAGGGAGCCCCUACACUCCUCCACUUGAGGGAAAACCCGUAACAUCAUGUUCUCUGUCCCCGAAAGAUUCGGACUCCGAUCUCCAAGGAAAGAACUCCGAAGCGUCUGCUCCCUUCUACCCCUGGAUGGGGAUUGUAGGGCCAAACUCCGCACAGCGUCGACGUGGUCGCCAGACAUACAGCCGAUACCAAACUCUGGAACUUGAGAAAGAAUUUCAGUUCAAUCACUACCUUACAAGAAAACGGAGGAUAGAGAUUGCGCAUGCGCUAUGCCUCACGGAAAGACAGAUAAAAAUAUGGUUUCAGAACAGACGAAUGAAAUUGAAGAAGGAAAAACUCGCAAUAAAAGAAAUGAACGAAGGUGGAAAAAAAUUCGAAAGUAUGUCAGACGAUGUAAGUGACGAUCCUGGCAAUGAAAAUUCAAGGUGAAAUUGCUAACCGUUCAGGUGUAAGCUGCCAUUUUAAACGGGUAAAAACACGAUAGACGACUUCAGGUCUACGCUCAUGAAGAGCCUGCGAACUAACUGAAGAUCAUCUACUGCAGAUUUCAUUGCGACAGUGUGAACACGGGUAUUAUAUUGAGGAGAUAUUUUCAAGUUCGUUUCCUACAAAGUGUUAAUCACUAGAUACCUCAUAGGUUCUGUUGAAACUGAAAAUCCAAAGAUGAAACUUUGCCGUGAUAGAACCAAAAUCUCACCGGAUAUGACGUAACUGUGUACACCGAAACUGCUGACGUCAUGUGUUGGUGUCAAUAUCAGUCGUCAAAUAUGCCUUUGUGUUGCAGUAGAGGACAUUAGCAGGGAGGAACUGAUGCCAAACGUCAUGACGUCAUAAAUGACGUCACCAUGAGAUUUGGGAUUUUUUGUUGUAGUAUGACAAUCACAAACUAUAGAUGUCCGUUAACCCCAAACAGAUAUGUCAACUAGUGCGAACCCUGGAUUUGGUUCUUCAAAUGCCAGGGUUUAAGAGACAAAACGAGAAAUAUUGCCAUUUGUUCAUGCUGAAUGAACGAUAGAACCUCCAUGUUGCCAUUCAGUCGUGUAUGUUUGUUUAUCUAUAAUUCCUCUGCGUACAUUUCUUCGUAUCCUUUUAUUAAAUUCAUUUAAAGGCUUCGGAAACAAGUUACCAUUGGUUUGAGCUCGUAUAGUAAACAAUCCUUGGUUGUACUUUAGCAAUAGCUGGCAAUAUAGUUACAUAAACCACGCUGAAACCGACUGCCUGUAAUAAACACCAUAUUCAUAUGUUAUAUCUUAUUGUGAAGAUAUUUCCAUGACAAAUCAUCUUUAUUUAUUUUUCUCAAACCACAGACUGAUUCUACCAAGGUUAUGAAAUGAUUCAAAAUGAAAGGGACAAUAACGAAUUAUAGUCAAUCACCGUUCUGUUGUAAUUUGAUUUGUCGAACAUUCGGCUGUCUCCAAGUUGUUCAUGUCGAAUAGUGUCAAUCACUGGAUUGUCUGGCCCAGAUUCGAUUGUGCUGCUGAAAUGCAACUGAAUGCUGCCUCAAACAAACACAUGUUCAUGAUAUGGUCAAAAUUGUAAAACAAUUCCUAUGGUAAUGGUUUUGCUGUUUCUAUAUAGAACUCGGAUAACUCGAAGCAAUCACUUAGGUCAUUUCAUCUUCGACAAAACGGUGUCUGACUGUACAUGUAUAUUUGUGUAAAUCGGAACAUACCGAUGUCCCGUUUCACUACUCAAUGUUAUAUAUACGGACAACAGGGCUCUUCAUAUGUUAGUAAAUGUCCAAUGUUAAUUAUCACCAUCGUAUAUAACUGGCCUCUCUGUUGACAAUGUCUGUGCAAUCUAAAUGAACGUAUUAUGUAGUAACAUGUUUUAUUCCAAAUAAUAUAUUUAAUGAAAUGAGUGCCAUUUAAAGACCAGACUUCAAUUGCUCAAAGACAUAUUUUGUUCAAAAGUAGAUUUAGUCGGAACUGAUUGACAAUUUGGGUCAGUAUAAAAUUAGAUUUAGCUUUUUUGCACAUAGGUGAGAUGAAUCGGUUCAGUUAUACCAUACGAGGAGUGUGCAUGAACUUCAAACUUUGUCAUCAUCAUUUGCAUAGAGCAUAAAAAUUAUAAUUGUGAUCACCCGACCAUGCGAAACGAAUAAGAAAGUAUUUGGAUUAUUGGGUAAAUAUAACGAGAAUAUGUGGAAUAACACGUGAAUUUUAUAAAAUGUUUUGUUGUAUAUGUCCUGGAGAACACAAAGAAACCUAUUUAAUACAAGCGGACGCUUGGUUCGCUGUUUCAAAACGAGAAGGUCAUAAAGGGGAACAACUCCUUCAGGUACAAAUCAAGGGAAAUCACUCCAACGAGAAUUCUUUCUGAACAAGACGAGAAUAUUUGUAGUGCAUGUCUGUUUUUAUCGGUUCAGUGUAAACAACUGGAAAUUGUAUUCUUAUUUUUUGUUAAUGCAUCUGAUAUUUUGACAUAUUCCCUUGCUAUAUCUUUGUUACGUAAGCUGUCUUAAACGAGAAAAUGUCACUGUGGCUUCAUGUCAGUAUUGUGAAUGUUUAAUGUUUACUUUACCUCAAAUAAAACAAAUUUGACAAUA